UCAGGGUGGUCGACCUGAGCUUCCCCGGCCACGUCUCGCAGUCCGCGCGGGACCUCGUCCGCAGGAUCCUCGUCAAGGACACCCACCAGCGCCUGAGCCUCCAGGAGGCGCGGCGCCACCCGUGGGUGUCGGAGCACGCCCCGAGCCCGCCGUCGCCGCCCCAGGCCGCCGCCGCGCCUCUGGCCCGGCAGCCGUCGCCCGUGGCGGCCCGCGGCGAGCCCUGGCUCCCUCCCCCGCGACGGUGCCGCCGCCAGUGCGGCAGGAGGGCGCCGAGCAGCUCGGCGCCGCGGGCAGCCCGCCUGGCCGAUCAGCGGCCGCGAGGGAGCCGGCCGCACCCGCGCGGCUGGAGGCCGCGCCGGC